AUUCAAACAGAGGGCGGUGGGUUUAGUUUACAGGACAAGGAGGAAGCGCAGGAAUCGGCAAGAGGCCCGGGAGUGAUAAGCGAACACUGCAACGUACAGGGCCGGUUUUGUUGUAUCUAUAUAUAGAUAACAAUGGCUUCCCAGAAUGUGGAUCCAGCUGCGGCCAGUUCUGUGGCUUCAAGGAAAGGACAAGAGUCGGGCACGUCGGCUGCUCGUGGCUCUGUAGGAAAGAGGUUGCAGCAGGAGCUGAUGACCUUAAUGAUGUCUGGAGACAAGGGCAUUUCGGCAUUUCCAGAAUCUGAUAACCUGUUUAAGUGGAUUGGAACUAUUGAUGGAGCCGUUGGCACGGUGUAUGAGGACCUGAGGUAUAAGCUGUCCCUGGAAUUCCCCAGUGGCUACCCUUACAAUGCUCCCACUGUGAAAUUUGUCACCCCGUGCUUCCAUCCAAAUGUGGAUAGUCAUGGAAACAUCUGCCUUGACAUCCUGAAAGACAAAUGGUCAGCGCUUUAUGACGUCCGAACCAUUCUUUUGUCAUUACAGAGCUUGCUGGGAGAGCCGAAUAAUGAAAGUCCUUUGAAUCCAUACGCUGCAGAACUCUGGCAGAAUCAGACUGCUUACAAGAAGCACCUCCACGAGCAGUACCAGAAGCAGGUCCGAGAAAAAGAAAUCUGAUCCACCCCCUCCCUUCCAGUCUCAUUUGCAUGUUGUGCGCUGUACAUGUACGCUGUAAUAUAUGCUUAAAUUAAUGGAAGUUUGUACAAAUAAAGCUGUUUUAUCGUC